AUGGCUACUCAAUUCGACGCAGAAAACGCCGACAACCUCGAGGACAUCGAGAAGCAAUUCGCCGUCAAGGCCGUUGUGCAGGCUGAAACAUACUGGAACUUGAUCUCCAAGGUCAAGGCCUCUUCCUUCAAGUUGACCGUGCACGAUGACGACAUCUACGAAGCUUUGUUGGAAGACUUCCCAGAGUUCAAGGAGAAGGAGAAGGUUGCUGUUAUCAACGAGGACGAGAUGAAGUCUGCAGCUGGUAAGGCCCGCUGGAGAGCCUUCUGUGAGAAGUUCAAGGAGAUCGAUGACUACAACUUUGGUACUUUGUUGAGAACCAGAGCUGACGGCGAGUACUCCGAGGAAAACACUAUCUUUGCUGUGCGUAUCCAGUUCUACGCCAUCGAGAUUGCUAGAAAUAGACAUGGCUUGAACGACUGGGCCUCUGGAAACUAG